UGGGAGGCGCGCGGAGAGCGGAGCGCGCUGCACUUCCUCCCGGCAGCCGGCGGGGUGGCCCCCGGCGCCUCCGCCGGCAGCUGCCGCUGCCUUAUAAGGCGGGGGCCGGGCCGCGCCGGGGGAGGGGCUGCGGCCGCCCGGCCUCCUUCUCCGGGGUCCAGCUGCGCGGGGCCGGUAAGAGAGCGCAGCGCAGCGGCGGCGGGAGCCGGGGAGCGCGCCGAGCGGGCCAUGGGCAAGUCAGCUUCCAAGCAGUUUAAUAAUGAGGUCCUGAAGGCCCACAACGAGUACCGGCAGCAGCAUGGCGUCCCCCCACUGAAGCUCUGCAAGAAGCUCAACCGGGAGGCUCAGCAGUAUUCAGAGGCCCUGGCCAGCACAAGGAUCCUCAAGCACAGCCCGGAGUCCAGUCGUGGCCAGUGUGGAGAGAACCUGGCAUGGGCCUCCUAUGAUCAGACAGGAAAGGAGGUGGCUGAUCGAUGGUACAGUGAAAUCAAGAACUACAACUUCCAGCAGCCUGGCUUCACCUCUGGGACUGGACACUUCACAGCCAUGGUGUGGAAGAAUACAAAGAAGAUGGGAGUGGGGAAGGCAUCUGCAAGUGAUGGGUCUUCGUUCGUGGUGGCCCGAUACUUCCCAGCGGGGAAUGUCGUCAACCAGGGCUUCUUCGAAGAAAAUGUCCUGCCUCCAAAGAAGUAAUUCAUUAAAUGUAAUGGGAAUGUGGCAGACUUAACAUGGAUACGAAGUGCCUAGAACAACAAAAACUCAGCUGUGUGUCUGUCCCUGUGCGUGUAUGUGCUUGUGUGUGUGAUGCAUGUGAGUGUCUCUUGCACACGCACUUGGAUAUACAGUUCUGUAUGAACUUAUUCUUAUCAAAAGGAAUGAGCCUAUGAAGCCUUUACCCUGAUGGUUCCCUAGACCACAAUUAUUUGAACAUAGGGGGGAAAGAAUCAAUUUUAAAACUUUCUUUUUUUUUUUAAGCAAACUUCUUUUGUACAUUUCUUAUAAUACCCCUCCCGGGUCUUUUUCUAUUCUAAACGUUCGUGAUGCUUCCAGGUGAAGUUCAUUUUAUGUGAUCUUCAUGCAUUGUAAUCUACUUUUGGUAGAUAUUUAAGAUGAUUAAACUCUCAUCUAAAUGGAACAUAAAACAGCUUUAAACACGUAAAUAUAAAGCAGCUUCCAUUGGAAACAUGGGACAGGCAGGAACUGCAUUUCACAAAAUGAUCGGGAUCUCUCAGUUGUAAGACAUGAUGUCAUCUGCACGCCUCCUGGAAUUCUCUAAUGGGAAUGCCAAAGAACAAAUGGAGAGAAAAGUUGCACUUCCUUGCAUUUUUCUAUCUUUAAAUAGCAAAGUACCACUACUACCACCGCCCUUGCCCCCCUCCCACCUUUUUUCUUAAAAUCCUCUGGCAUCUCAGAGCUCGGUAUGUGCCCCCUGGUUUCUGGGGCCUGGGUCUGAAAGUCACCCUUCCCCCCCUUGGCUAGGUGGCCCAGGGCCUGUUCUGGGAGGAAGCCCCUCACACUGCCCGGGCUCUUGGCCAAGCGUCCGACCGAUGAAGUCAGUGAGCGUGGGGGUGAGUGUGAGCUCACCAGGGCCCCCAGAGGAAGCCCUCCAGCCUCUGCCCUGCCCUCGCACACAGGGCGGGAGCCCUGGCCUGUUCCGGCAGCCGUGGCUGCAGCUGUGCCCUGCUCCCUCCUGGAGUGUGUGACAGGCCCAAGUGUUCCAGGGAGAUAGCCCAUGUGGGGGCUUAGACUCGCCAGUUUGGCUCUUUGUUUUGCCUCACACCCUACAAAGUUCCCCUGAAUAAUGAUUUCACAUGGUCCACGUGGGAGGAACCGACCCAGAUGCCAAGCUGGGUGUCCUGAAAGCAUGGCUUCUCCAAGCGUUAAGACGGCCGGGGUGGGAGUUAGGAGGCUGCCGCCUUAGGGACGUCAGAGCAGGCCAGUCAGGGAACAUGCUUCCCGAAGGUCUGCACUGCACUGUGAACACAGCCUCGUGCUGUGCCCUCCACUUCACCCGGGGAUAGUGACUGAGACAACAAUAAAAUUUUCUUUUUUUGUGUAA